GACAUCCUAAAAUAGAACUCCGCGUUAGCUACACCGAUGAACCGAGUCCUAAUUAUUUUAAGUGACAUUCUAAAAGAGUAUUUGGAAAAAGGCAUGUACAUAUUAUAAUGUUUGGACACACGAAAUAAAGGACACGGGGUUACAUUGUACGUACCACAAAAUGCAGAAGAUUAAUUGAUCAAAUCCCUGAAAUUCUUUCUGAAUCUUCUGAAGAAAUUAUCUGUUUUUUCUUCUUCUGAAAUUCUGAGUCGAAAAUGGUAAAUGCAAACCCAGGAAAAGCGAGUUACUUGGCUCAAUCUAAUGCACUGCUAAGGAAGAACUUGACUUAUCAGAAAAGGAACAAAUGCCAGAAUUGCUGUCUGUUUGUUUUCCCAGUGCUGAUACUAGUGUUACUAGUGGUGCUACAACACUAUGUAGACCAAGAACAGAGAAAAGAAAAACCACGGCUGCCACCAGUUCCUCAUCCUCCGGAAAUGUUACCGGCGUUACAAAUUCCGGUGCCGGAAGGUUUGGCCGUGAGAUCCAAUCAUCUUCCAUUCCAAGACUUACCAGACCCUUCCUGCAGGAAUAACUCUUCCUGUCCUGCUACUUUUCUUUUCACUGCCUCCAACAACUCUUUUGCCAAAGGUGUGGUUGAUGGCAUGUUUUCAACUGCCACUUCAGUGAAUUCGUCAGACCAGCUCGAUCUCCUUGUCUUGGGAACCGAUUCUCCUGAUUAUCUUUCUGAUGACAACUUUCAUCUCUAUUACCUCCAAAACAACUGCAACAAGAGAUCAUCAAUUUCUUUAACCAUCAACAGAAAAAGCAUUGAGUUAAAAUGCAUGGAAGGGCUGACAUUGUGGAGGAAUAGCAUGUCUGACAUCAAUGAUGACAUAUUUAAGGCCGAGGAGGAGAUGAGUGAGUUUGCUGGAGCUUUUGAUCUUCUGAACUCCGACAGCAGCAGUUUCAAUGUGAUUGUAUGGUACAAAACUGUUUACAACUUUUUAUCUGAUUCUGCAUCUGAAAUCCCUGUGCGGUUCCUGAACAUGGUAUCCAAUGCUUAUCUUCAACUGUUACGAGGGAAAGGUUCACAGAUACCAGUAGAGUUUAUCAAAGAUAUGCCAACACAUAACUACUUGAACCAACCCAACUUUGUGACAUUGAUGAGUACACUCUUGUUCAUAUGGAUUAUCAUCUGGUUAUUCCCUGUGAUGUUGCAAGCUCUGGUUUAUGAAAAGCAACAUAAACUCCGGAUCAUGAUGAAAAUGCAUGGACUCGGUGAUAGAGCUUAUUGGACUAUCUCAUAUGGCUAUUUUGCCAUUGUCUCUUCAAUCUAUAUGCUAUGUUUUGUAGCUUUUGGUUCUCUUUUAGGACUAAGUUUCUUUACAUCCAAUGACUACACCAUCCAGUUUGUGUUUUAUUUUGUUUAUGCAAACUUGCAAGUUUCUGUGACCUUUCUAGCGGCAGGGCUAUUCUCCAAUGUCAAGACAGCUUCAGUUGUGGGAUAUCUGCUUGUAUUUGUUACUGGUUUGUUGGGGAACUUUCUUUUCCAGAGCUUGCUUGAAGAACCCUCAUUCCCAAGAAUAUGGGUGAUUAUUCUUGAGUUGUUUCCUGGAUUUUCAUCAUUCCGUGGGCUAUACGAGCUACAACAAUAUGCUUUCGAAGGAAGUAUGGUAGGCGAUAGAGGCAUGGAGUGGAAAGACUUGAAUAACCCUGAAAAUGGAAUGAGAGAGGUCAUGAUUAUCAUGUUAAUAGAGUGGAUGCUCACUGUAAUUUUAGCGUAUUAUAUUGACCGACUGUCUUCAUCAUCUGGAAGUUGUUGGAAGAAGCUUUCAUCGUCUUCAAGGCAACCUAAACUUCAGAGUAACGAACCUCAAGUUUCUUUAGAGACUGAAAGUACUGAUGUAGUCCAAGAGAGAGAAACAGUGAAAAGAUCAAUACUCGAAUCAGCUGGAAGUCAUGCUAUUAUCUGUGACAACAUCAGGAAAGUGUAUCCAGCAAGAGACGGUAACCCUCCACAUACUGCAGUCAAAGGGUUGUAUCUUGCUUUGCCUCAAGCUGGUUGUUUUGGGAUGCUUGGUCCAAAUGGUGCAGGAAAAACCUCGUUUAUUAGCAUGAUGAUUGGCCUUACGAAGCCAACCUCUGGCACGGCAUUCAUAAAUGGUUUAGACAUAAGAACACACAUGGAUGAAGUCUACUCUAUGAUCGGUGUUUGUCCUCAGCAUGACCUUCUUUGGGAAACUCUAACAGGACGGGAACAUCUAAUGUUCUAUGGUAGACUAAAGAACCUUAAGGGUGCUGCCUUGAAACAGGCAGUGGAGGAAUCUCUGAAAACUGUCAACUUAUAUUACGGAGGUGUUGCUGACAAACAAACUGGGAAGUACAGUGGUGGCAUGAAGAGGAGACUAAGUGUUGCCAUUUCCCUAAUUGGAGAUCCCAAGGUUGUAUUCAUGGAUGAACCUAGCACUGGACUAGAUCCGGCUUCCAGGAACAAUCUGUGGAAUGUUGUGAAGCAUGCAAAGCAAGAUCGAGCCAUUGUUCUCACCACACACUCUAUGGAAGAAGCUGAGUCUCUUUGUGACCGGUUAGGUAUUUUUGUCGAUGGCAGCUUACAGUGUAUAGCAGACGCUAAAGAGCUGAAGGCUCGAUAUGGGGGGAUGAUGGUGUUCACCAUGACAACCACAGUAGACAACAACGCAGAAGUGGAGGAAAUGGUGAAGUUGAUAUCCCCAAAUGCCAACAAGAUAUAUCACCUUGCAGGCACUCAAAAGUUUGAGCUCCCGAAAAAUGAGGUGAGGAUCGCAGAUAUAUUCGAGGCUGUGGAGGUAGCGAAGAGGAGGUUUCCGGUUCACGCGUGGGGGUUAGCAGACACCACUUUAGAAGAAGUCUUCAUCAAGGUUGCUAAGGCUGCUUCUUCUGCUUAAUUAAGGAACUUGUUGGAGUAUCAAGUAUCAACUUAAGAUUUAAUUACAUACAAAUUGAGACAAUUGGAAAUCAUCAAAUAAUUUGUUACAAAUUCGGGCCCGCUGGGCUCUUGUUGGUCAAAUAGCCCAGCAAACUACAACCCAAAACCCAAAAUUAUUGUCCAUUCAAUAUUUUCCCCUUAAACCAUGGGAAUUAUCGCAUUUACUUCUUUUUUUUACAAAUUUACAUAAAAUUUGUUCUCAAUUUUCUAUACCAAUGAGAUCUUGGUCGAGUAAAAAAUACUAAACAACAGUGUAUGAUAAGUUAUAAAUUUGAAUCUCCUUUUUAUUUGAAAA